AUGGCUCUACGUCAGAUCGGUGUGGAUCUACACCGUACGUCAGUGCUUGCCCUAUACGAUGUACGACGUCGGGCUUCUGGUGUGCUUCUGGUAUGCAACAUAUUGAUGAUAGAUGGCCGUGCGAUCAAGAUUAUAAUGUGGGGUCUCCUCUAUUGUUGGGGAUCUUCGUGGGAGAUAUAUGUUGGUGCCACAACUGUAUGA